AGUUCAAGGUUGGUCCGAGAAUAGCACGAUAAUAUAUCAAUCCGAAUAGUACCAAAUAUCACAGUGGUUUGGGUAUCUUACCGUGUAUUAAUUUAAUAUUUUAUAAUAGUUGUUAGUUGUUAAGUUUCCUUGUGUUGACCUAUUAACAUCUGUUAUCGUGCGAGUACAACGGUCUAAUUUAGUGUUGAAGAUCAGCGCUAGGAAUGAGAAACAGUUUAUAUUAUCCAGAAGAGAACUUGAACGUAGAUUGUUGCAAUGGGUGGUAAAUAUUCGAAAUUAGAUCCUAUGGAAGUCGAUGUUCCGCAUAUAAAGGCUUUGUUGGAUCGGGACCCCUAUCUAAAUCCAUACGAAAAAGAAAUAAGGAGGCGAUAUGCCUGUCUAAGGGAUUUGCAAGACUCAAUCGAAGAAAAUGGAGGUGGCCUGGAUAAUUUUACUAAGGCAUACAAUUAUUACGGCAUCAAUGUACAGACAGAUAACUCCAUCGUUUGUAGAGAAUGGGCUCCUGGAGCGAAACAACUUUUUCUAGCUGGAGAAUUUAAUGGCUGGAAUCGUGAUAGUCAUCCCUAUAAUAAAUUGGAAUUUGGUAAGUGGGAGCUAAUUCUUCCUCCGAACUCAGAUGGGACUCCUGCCAUCAAGCACUUAUCAGAAAUAAAGAUUGUAGUGCAAACACAGGAAGGAGGGAAAGAAGAUAGAUUGUCUCCUUACGCUACCUAUGUCGUUGAACCUCCAAAACAUGAGGGUACGAUAUACAAACAGAAACUGUGGAAUCCUCCAACUGAGGAAAAAUACGUUUUCAAACACCCCAAAGUGCCCCGGCCGAAGAGCCUGCGCAUAUACGAGUCCCACGUCGGCAUCGCCACCUCCGAACUCAAAGUCGGCAGCUACGACAACUUCACCGACAACAUCCUACCUCGAAUCGUCAAGCAGGGCUACAACUGCAUUCAGCUCAUGGCCGUCAUGGAGCACGCCUACUACGCCAGCUUCGGAUACCAAGUUACCAGCUUCUACGCGGCAUCGAGUCGUUACGGCACUCCCGAACAACUGAAACGUCUGGUCGACAGAGCUCACGAGCUCGGACUUAUCGUCUUGCUAGAUCUCGUCCACUCUCACGCCAGCAAGAACGUAAUGGACGGCUUAAAUCGUUUCGACGGGACGGAUUCCUGUUAUUUUCAUACUGGUCCGAGGGGCGAGCAUUCGCUUUGGGAUUCGAGGCUUUUCAACUACUCCGAGUUUGAGGUUCUGCGGUUUCUGCUGUCUAACAUACGCUGGUACAUGGAGGAGUACCAGUUUGACGGUUUCCGGUUCGACGGGGUCACUUCUAUGCUGUACCACUCGAGGGGUAUCGCGCAGGGCUUCGGGGGCCACUACGACGAUUAUUUCAGCCUUGGCGUGGAUACCGAGGGGGUGGUUUACUUGAUGCUCGCCAACUAUGUGAUCCACGAGUUGUACAAGGAUGCGAUUACCAUAGCGGAGGACGUUUCGGGGAUGCCGGGGACUUGCCGGCCCGUUACGGAGGGAUGCCUAGGCUUUGAUUACAGGUUAGCCAUGGCCAUUCCUGAUACUUGGAUAAAACUGCUCAAGCACGUCGCCGAUGACCACUGGAACAUGGGUGACAUAGUUCACACCCUGACCAACAGACGUUGGAUGGAACCUAACGUCGCUUAUGCUGAAUCGCACGACCAGGCUUUAGUAGGCGAUAAAACCAUCGCUUUUUGGUUGAUGGACAAAGAAAUGUACACGCACAUGAGCACCCUCUCGGACCCCUCGCCCAUCAUCGACCGGGGCAUCGCCCUGCACAAGAUAAUACGCUUCCUAACGCACACCCUGGGCGGCGAGGCUUACCUGAACUUCAUGGGCAACGAGUUCGGCCACCCCGAAUGGUUAGAUUUCCCCAGGGCCGGCAACAACAGCUCCUACCACUAUGCCAGGCGGCAAUGGAACUUAGUCGACGACGAAAUCCUUAAAUACAAGUACCUGAACGCGUGGGAUGCCGCGAUGAACCACACGGAGAGCAAGUAUGGGUGGCUGGGCGCCCACCCCGGGUACGUCAGCAUGAAGCAUGAAGACGACAAGAUAAUAGCAUUGGAGAGGGCGGGGGUGUUGUUCGUGUUCAAUUUUCAUCCGGUGAAGAGUUUCGCCGAUUAUAGAGUUGGGAUCGAGGAGCCGGGGGAGUAUCGCAUCGUUUUGUGCUCGGAUGAUAAGGAGUUCGGCGGUUUCGGAAGGAUAGAUACUUCCGUCAGGUUCUUCACAGUUCCCGAAGGGUAUUCAGGUCGGAGGAACUAUGUACAGGUGUAUAUUCCAUCCCGAACUGCAAUAGCCUUAGCCAAAGUUUAGAGAAAUAGUUGCUUGAAUGUCAAAUCGACUGGGUGAUAUAUGAUUUUAGUAACAUCUAAUCUGUAUAAUAACUAAUGUGUUUAUAAUUUUGACAUUUAAGUUGGAUAUAAAUUAUCCAUUACUGUUUCUGUAAGUAGCGUUUUUUAAAAAAAGUAACUUGUUUUGUUAUCAUGAACAAUAAGAAUUAUACAACAUUGUUAGAGGUUUUUUAUAGGUAGCAGUGUUGUUUUGAAGUUUUGUUAUAUAUUGUUACAAUAAAAGGCAUAUUUUUUAAUUG